UCACAUUACCUCAUUAUUCUAGCUUAAAUAUGGAAUCAGUCCUUUUGAUGGUUUUACUUGUUGUAAUUAUAUUAAUACGAUUAAUUCUGUGGUCCUGUCUUAGUGCUUAUAUAGAUUAUAAACUGUCCCAAAGGUUUCCUGACGCAAAGAAAGAGGACUAAGAGACUUCAAAAGGCUUGUUCAGAUGUGAAUUGACAAUGGGGAGAGCUGGGUA